GUAUUUAUGGAUCAUACGUGCAUUCAGCUAUACUGCCUACAUUUCAUCGUAGAUGUUAUUGGUUACUACAGGAAAAGUUGCACGGACUUAAUCCUGAUAUUGUGCUGGUGCACUAUCUUAAUGUGCCCUAUCCAGAUAGUGCGAAGCUCAGCAUUCCAGUUCUCUCUUAUGGCUUUGAGAAGAAGGAAUGGACCAAAGAUGAGCUGGCUGAUCAGCUGAGACCGAUGUUUUCGACUGGCCGGCCUGGGGAAGGCAUACAAGACUCAGAACAUGUGAUCCAAGACACAGUUGAAGCUAUUGUUCAACACUUAAUCGAAUACCAAGAGAAACGUGUUAAAUCUCGCAACCACAAAUGUGACAUCUCCUGUGAUAAAAACUGCCUGCAUUCCAAAUGCUGUAAGAUUUCGCCCAAAGGAGUUGAACCGACGACAGGAAGUGUCAAUAGUAACAGCAGCAACGACCAUGGCAGGUUGGUCUCAUUGCUGCAGAGAAAUCGGGCCAACCGAGCGGCAGCGGCGGCAGCGGCGGCAGCAGCAGCGGCAGCAGCAGGAGUAGCGACAACAGCACCAGUGAGUGAAAGUAUGCUCAUUACUACAACACCGUCCACUAGUGUCACGGACUCUUCGACAUCUACUUCUACGGAUGUUGUGCCUCCCUCUACUCCGGUCAUUUUUAACUUUGCAAACAUCCAAGGCAGCAACAGCUUACUCAUUGUAAGUGGCCAAACCACAAACCCCCUCUCUAUCAUUUCGAACUCCAUGACAAACCAACAACCCAUGUCCAGCACUGGACAGCCGGUCGGUUCGGCCAUACAGCCCACCUUAGGAACAUCGGCACACACUUUGGGAACAGAAAUUAAAGUCGAGCCAGGAAGCACCAGUUCAACCAGUUCCGCGAUUACGCACUCCACUUCUAAUAGGGCGAUGUUACCUGUUCCUAUGGCAACAGAAAUCUCAGAAACGGGUCAUACUUCGAAAGAUGUUCCAAAAGAAAUCAACAUUAAGACUGAACCCAUGAACAUAUUCUCUCCUGCUUUCCAUCUCUCUCAUGACGAUGUCCAAAAAACCCUUCAGGCAACAGUUUCUUCGGCAUCAGAUUUCGCUUCCACUUCUAUGGACUCCAAAGAUGUCUCCACUGACCUGACUAACUGUGAUAACCUAACUCUCAAUACUGCUUCUCUUCAGAACAAUGAUCUCAGUUUGGAUAGCCUUGACAUUCUGGAUCUGCCCGAUCUGGAGAAACUUUAUUCCAAUAUGAACCCGUCUUCAUCUGAUCAUUCUACAUUUGAUAGCAUUAGCCGUGACUUCAUCACUUGCGCCAGCUGUUUAGACUCUCAGCGAACAACGCAGCAACAAAAUCCAGCACAACAGGAAGAGCAACAACAGCAACAACAACAACAACAAUCUCAGCCACAGCAGCAGCAGCCACAAACUCAUCCUCAUCAACACCAUCAUACACAACAGGCUGGGCAGUCACAGACACAUCACAAUUCAGGGGGACAGCAAGGGCAACCAUCGUCACAAUCCCAGCAUACCAUUCUACCAGAUUCAAGCAUCUCGCAAUCUACAGAAUCGCACUCAAAUUCUGAACAAGCACCAAUUACAGAUUUUUGCCCAGAGUGGUCCUAUACAGAGGGCAGUACCAAGGUUCUUGUGACAGGGCCUUGGUUUUCUACAAGUUGUUCCUAUAGCUGUGUAUUUGGUGGAAUCAGUGUACCAGCCCUUCUUGUUCAACCAGGAGUUUUACGUUGCUUUGCGCCAGCACAUGAACCCCCAGGUCUUGUAACUUUACAUGUCCAAAGUGAACACUACAUCAUAUCAACCACAGUACUUUUUGAAUAUAAAGCGAGAGAAAAGCAGCAGUCCUCCCAGAGCCAGCAGGACUGGUUCUCUGUUGACGAAGACCAAUUACGACUGAUGGUCUUAGAACGUUUGGAGCAAUUAGAGAAACGACUGAAUACAUGUACCCAAAAUGAAAUCCCCAGUGAACAACCACAGAAUUCUCAACAAAGCAAUGACUUUGAAUGGCGCCUGGUACAGCAUAUAAUGACAUUGUCCCGACUGCCCUGGGCCAAUAACGAUGUCUUCCCCAAGGCCGGCCCUGGGGGUAUGACUUUGUUGCAUCUAGCUGGAGCACUUGGUUAUGCUGAAGUUAUUAGAAGCCUUAUCCAUUGGAGAUCAGAGAAUCCCAGCCUUGUGCUAGAAUAUGAAGUAGAUGCCCACAAUGUCGAUGAUUAUUCUUGUACGCCACUGAUGUGGGCUUGUGCAAAAGGUUACACAGAAGCUGCUCAGACACUUUAUCAUUGGAACAGAGGCCCGUUGAAGGUCUGCAACAAGGAUGGGAUACUACCCUUGACAGCAGCCCGGCAUCAUGGCCACCACAACCUGGCCAACUGCAUUGAGUUGUUAGAGCAGACCCACAACAACCAGAAGGCACUCACUCCUCGGACUACAAUCAGUGUGCCUGACACGGUGGAACCUUCUGGUGGCAGUGGUGAAGUUUCAAGUACCAUUAGUGAUACAUUCCUUGCCCCUGACAACGUGAAUACGGUGUCAAGUUCAGGGGUGAUUGCUUGUGAACAAUCAAACACAUUUCCUUCAGCAAUUUCCACAACCUCCGAUGAUUCCGGCAACGACAGCCUUUUCGCCGGGACAUCUUCCCCUCCUUUGGCUCCUCCACCACCACCACCCCCUCCCCCGCCAUAUCCGGGCAACAGUAAGCUGGUGCGAAGGAUGAGUGAACAGUGCUUGGGCAGCAGCACCACCAGCAGCAGCAGCAGCAACAACAGUAGUGGCAGCAGCAGUGGUGGUGGUGGUGGUGGUGGUGGUGGUGGUGGUGGCGGCGGCAGCGGCGGUGGCGGCAGCAGAAGUAACAGUACAUCUCCCCAGCAGAAAUCUAACAAACGUUACUCUGUUGACUUUGUGUCCCCCAAACGAACCUCUGUGGAGCGGAACAACCUCCUCUCCGACACUUACCAUAAACCGGUGCGGGAAUCUAUAUCUGAACCACACCUGUCCAGUUUCUUCAAAACAGCACAACAACAACAACCCCUACUCUCUGCUUCCUCACAAGGAAUGGAUUCUUCCAACCAAAUUCCGGACAUGCUCAUGCACACAGAUACCUCCCUGGGGACAGAACAUCUGUCUUCAACUGACUCAAUAAUGAUCAGAGGCCCUAGAAGACAGAGCUCUGACAACCAUCUGCUGUUCUCCAUGGAUACAGAUGAGCUAUCAUCCCAUCAAGGGGAAAGUCCCCUUCUAGAUGGAGAACGCAUACCUUCCGAUGACGAACUGAAAGUGCAUGAGAAGCGAACAAUUGUGGGCGAAGAUGGCAGCGAAGAAGCAAAGAAACAUAUGGUCACUUUAGCACGUCAAAUCAUUGAUGCUAUGCCUGAACGUAUAAAAUCUUCCCCGAGCCGGGAGGAUUCUACUGCUGAAACAGAGCAAAUAUGUCGCGAGCGCAGCAGCUCUCAUAGCUCCCUAGCCUCACAGAACUCUCCAAUCGCAUCAUCUUACGGGGAAGAUUCUGGAAUAUCUACCCCACUUGGUGAUGGUCUUUCAUUUGAAGAUUAUCGUUAUAAUGAUCUGGGUACUCCUGCCUCAUCAGUCAGUCCAGACUCCACCUGUCUACCCAGUCCUUAUAGUCCAUAUUUCCAGAUAGAUUCUCCACCACCUACAACUGCUGAUUUUACAGAGUACUUCAAUGCUCCAGCAACGUACAUGGAGAAGGACUUCUCUCAGCUAACAUUAUCAGAUCAGGAGCAACGAAAGCUGUACGAAGCGGCCAAAGUGAUCCAAAAUGCAUAUCGACAGUAUAGAGAUAAGCAGCAGUUACUGCAGCAGAGGCAAAAAGAAAUAGAAGCAGCCAUCCUCAUCCAAAGUUACUACCGCCGAUAUAAGCAGUAUGCAUACUUCAAGAAAAUGACACAAGCGGCUGUACUAAUCCAAAGUCAGUUCCGCAGUUACUAUGCACAGAAGCGGUACAAGAAGUCGCGGAGUGAGACGGAUGCAUCCAUUCAAAAUCAGUAUCGCAGCUACAAAGAACCAGAGCGUCUCAAGAAAAGCCGUAACACAUCUGUCAUCAUUCAACAAAGAUUUAGGAGCCAUUAUCAACGGAAGCAGCCUGAGGAGUUGGAUGGCAGCCAACUAUCUCAAUUAGUCAAUGAAGCAAACGAAAGUUCACCAUCCGACCUAAACAACGGAGAAGUCCAAACUGCCGACGGUGAUGUAGUCGACGUUGAUGUGAGUCCCUUGACGUCAGACAUCGAGGGUCAGAUAGAGGAACAGAAAGCCCAUGUGUUAGCAACGUCUGAAGAGAGAGAUCAAACUACAGCCAGUACCAGCACCAGCGCCACCAACACCAACACCACCUCCACGACAACUUGAAGGACUUGAGGUGACCUGUAAAGUCUGCAGUGUGUACAUAACUUAAUUGUAAACAAAAGAGAAAAAAAAAGAAGAAGAGGAAGAGGCGGAGGAAGAAGAAGAAGAGGCAGAGGAGGGGGGAGUAAGAGUGAAGAGGAAGAGCAAGAAAAAGAGAUGAAGAAGAAACAGAAAGAAGAGUGAAAUGAUGAGGAAGACAACAAUAAAAAGACAGAAUUGAUGACAAACGCAGUCAAAUUCAGACAAGAAUAAGAUGAUACACUCACAUAUAUAUGUGUGUGUAUGUGUGUAUAUAUGUAUCUGUGUGUAUAUGUAUGUCUGUGUGUAUAUGUGUUUUGUGUGCAUGUAUGCACACAUACACAUACACACACACACACACACACAUAUACACAUUUAUG